AUGUCGGAGACCGCUCCAGUUGCUCCUGUUGCUCCCGCACCUGCAGAGAAAACACCUGUUAAGAAGAAGACAAAGAAGACGGGCGCAGCUGCCGGCAAGCGCAAAGCGUCUGGGCCCCCCGUGUCCGAACUCAUCACCAAGGCGGUGGCCGCCUCCAAGGAGCGUAGCGGAGUGUCCCUGGCCGCGCUCAAGAAGGCGCUGGCGGCUGCUGGCUAUGAUGUGGAGAAAAACAACAGCCGCAUCAAGUUGGGCCUUAAAAGCCUGGUGAAUAAGGGCACCCUGGUGCAGACCAAGGGUACUGGCGCCUCGGGCUCCUUCAAGCUUAACAAGAAGGCGGCCUCUGGGGAAGCCAAACCCAAAGCCAAGAAAGCAGGCGCUACCAAGGGUAAGAAGCCGGCCGGCGCGAAGAAGCCCAAGAAGGCGGCGGGUACCCCCAAGAAGAGCGCCAAGAAGACCCCGAAGAAGGCCAAGAAGCCGGCUGCGGCUGCUGGGGUUAAGAAAGCGGCCAAAAGCCCAAAGAAAGUGAAAGCGGCUAAGCCCAAGAAAACAGCCAAGAGCCCGGCUAAGCCCAAGGCUCCUAAACCGAAGGCGGCCAAGCCGAAAUCAGCCAAGCCGAAGGCUACAAAGGCAAAGAAGGCGGCGCCCAAGAAGAAGUAA